UUAUCAGUUUUACAUGAGCAAGUUCAUUAGUGAACAGUGGACGAGCUGUAUUAAUCAUCAUCAUCAAUUUCCAUUCUAGCAUUGCUACCGCCGCAAGUUCCGCUUUCUGAAUUCUGAUAUUAGUGUUCAGUGAAUAUCAAAUAGUGAAUUCUUCGCAAUUUCGUGUGAUCUUGUGGUUGGACCACCUGUCAUCCACAUCAGUAUAGUGGUGUCUCGCCUACAGGUGUCAGUAUCCUCAGGAAGUUUGUAGAGACGCAUUCACCUCAAGAUGUCUUUAGACGAACAAUUUAACAAAGCCGUCGAAGAUGUCAAGAACUUGGUCAAAACCCCUGCAGAUGAUGAACUUCUUGAAAUUUAUGCUUUGUAUAAGCAAGGAACAGUAGGAGAUGUUAAUACAGAUCGACCAGGUAUGUUUGAUUUAAAAGGAAAAGCCAAGUGGGAUGCAUGGAAUGGCAAGAAAGGGACAUCCUCUGAGGCGGCAAAACAGUCAUAUGUUGCCACUGUACAAAAAUUGAUAGAAAAAUAUGGAUUGAAAUAAAGGACCAUUUCCUUGAUGUAUUAUAUAAGUGGGUCAAUUUUCCUUUCGUUACGAUUUACUUUAAAAAUUUGAGAUUUAUUCUUCAUUACAGAAGUGUUUUUCUGUUUUCAAGUGCCUGGGACUGUUACUUUAGAGGUGGCAACUGUAAUCCUUUUUAAUCUCGGAAAACACUUUUUUCUGGUGUAAGUGCUGUGUUAUGAUAAUGCUUUUUCUAUGUAACUUCCCUGAUGACUGACCUUGAUGCUAUUUAUGUUUUAUGAAGUACGGUCUUCAUGAUAAAUUUCUUCCUAUUGACCGAAUUAUGUUUCCUUUUUUUCCCUCUUAUUUUUGCUUUUUCUUUUUUCUUAGAACAAAAGACAGCUUUAGUUUUCACUUCCACAAGGCAUUCUUUUAAAAAAGAAUUUAUUUAACCUGUAUUAAAAAUAAUUUUUCACUUAGUGGAAUAUUUAAGUGGAUAAUACUAAUGAUGCUUAAGUGGAUCUUUAAUUAAGACAAAAAUGCGAAGAGAAAUAUUAUUAUUUAGCCAAAAUGUUUGUUUUUUCUUCUUUGAGAAGAUUACAAAUAACUUUCAACUUUCUUUUCUCGUUAUAUAAUGUGAUCUUGUCUGUUUCAUUGCUGUAUCCUUUCUUUUAUUUUUCGUUGUACGUUUUAUUUUUUACAAAGCAAUAUAUGCGAAUCAAUAAAAACAAAA